GCUGGCGGUGGUGGACACCUCACACCUUUAUGCCCAGCAGUUGGGAGGCUGAGUCAGGUGGAUCUCUGAGUUGAAGGCCAGUAUGGUCUACAUGGUGAGUUCUAGGACAGCCAGGGAAGAAAAAGGAGGAGGGAAAGGAGGAGGGAGAGGAGGAAGGGGAGGAGGAGGAGAAACCAAAUAACGAUCGAGAAAGUUGGCUUUCUAUCUGAAGAUGACUUUAAUGGUUCAGAGCACGGAGGACCUGGGUUCAGUUCCCAACACCCUCAACAAGGCUCACAACUGCCCGUAACUCCGAUCCCAGGGGGUGGGGUGCUUUCUCCUGGCCUCCGAGAAACCAGGCACACAUGUGCAGCAUUUACACAGUGCAGGCAACACACUCAUACACCUCAAAAAUUUAAUCUGAAUUAAAAACCAACAGCAACAAUCUGGCAGUCCUCUGCAAAAGCUGAGGUGAGGCCAAUGUAAUCAUGGCCUCUAGAGAGGAGGAGCCUCCAGGGGUGGGUGUUCUGACAGGUCUCAGUGACAUCUCAUUCCACAUGGUUGGGAGUAGGAAUAUCCCUCUGGAUACUGGGGACACCCUGAUCUGAUCUUUGUUGCCAUAAACUUGGGAAGCUUUCCUCUCUCUCUCUCUCUCUCUCUCUCUCUCUCUCUCUCUCUCUCCUCUCUCCUCUCUCCUCUCUCCUUCUCUCCUUCUCUCCCCCCAUCUCUGUCUCUGUCAGCAGUUGUAACUAAAACUGCCCUUAAACUCACUGUGUAACUCAGGAUGACCUAUGAACUCCCAACCCUGUCUCCCCCCUCCCAUGUGCUAGACCCCAGGUCUGUGCUACCACAGCAGAUAUGCAGUGCUGGGCUAGGUAAGCAUCGGAUCGGAUCCGUGUGCCCAUGCCUGUAGUGUGUUUUCUUCCUAUUGGCCAGAAGAGACAGACCCUAGCCAUCCCCUCCUUUCCCCUCCAUUUCCCUCUCUUGCCUGGUGCAGGCCAGGAUUCUCUGGGUUACCAGGUAGGUUACCAUGACUAAUAUAUUGCCCUUCCCUGUUUUCAGGGGUUCACUGUGUUUAGAGGUGUUUUCCAGAAGGUACCUGGCCACCAGGACAGUCAAGGAAAAGGAAUGCAGACUCACCAUGGAACUGUGGGUAUCAACACAAGUUUGCGGUUGGACACCAGGGAUGCAAUGGAGCCGGUGACAAGGGAGGGACAAUCUUGGCAAACUCUGGAUGUUGGCAGUAUGGGGUGCCUAGCUGAGAUUCUCAGUGUGCCCCCCCCAGGCCCAAGGGCUGGCUUUUUGAUCAUCCAUGAGCAGUCCAUUAAGGGGCUCCUGCAGAGGAAAAAUGAAAGUGUCCAGGGAGCAUGCAGUUAAGGGGAGCAGGACCCCACAGAUAGCGACUCUCUCUCUCUCUCUCUCUCUCUCUCUCUCUCUCUCUCUCUCUCUCUCUCUCUCUGUGUGUGUGUGUGUGUGUGUGUGUGUGUGUGUGUGUGUGUGUGUGUGUGUGUGUGUGUGUACCGGCCCUGAUCCUCCAAGGAUCAGAGUUGGAACUGCACCUCUCUGAGAUCAUUGGUCGUAGCAGGUGCACCCUCUGCUGGCGGCUUCAGGGAAUGCUCCUCCUGGCUCAGUGCCUUGAGCUGGCAAGGACAGCUAAUUCAAAGAGCCACACCGUGUCGAGUGGAGCAGGGAAGCAUAUGGUAAGAUGAGCUGACCGGAAGAGCUGAGGGAGGCAGGAUGAGGUGUGAGUGGGAAGGAAAGGGGAAAAACAGAAGUGCGUGAGGGACAGAGAGAUUGCAGGUGCUGAAGGCCCCAGGGCUGGCAUGGUUGGAGCCCCGUUGAGCAUAACAUACAUGGAGACGACUGCAUGAGUUAGCACUGUCCGACUGAAUAGUUAGUUACCUUGCCAGUGUCCCUGAGGCCUUCACCUGGGCAUCCAGCAGCCGGGUCCUAACAUCUGGACUGGAUGUUGAACUAGAAACCACAUGUGUUUCUCAGCUCCUGUCACCGCUGUGUUGGUCUCCUUCUGGGGGCUGCAUGAUGCACCCCACCCCCAAACACCUACGGUGACAUUUUAUAUAGACCCAUAGUUCUCUCUUUGGUUGAUGGUAUUGAGGUUUUUCUGCUCUGGAGACUGUGAAAACUGUUUCUAGAGACCUUCCUGUUCUCCUGGUACCUGACUGGGGUCCCUCAAGUAAUGGAGCAGAGCCUCAGUUUCCUCCUCUGUAAAAUGGACAGCUGCACUCACCUGACAGGUACCCUGCGGGUUGUAGAAGCUGCCUCCCUAGGUAUGUGGCUGUAAGUUAUAGGUUUCCUGACCAGGAAGGACCCUCAGAGGCAUGGGCAAACUGACCUCUGAGGAACAGAAGGUGGUGACUGGUCCUCAGCCAGCUGGAGACAGAGCAGGGAUUAUAGUUAGACCCCAGGCUUAGCCCAUGCUCUCCCUAUAGCCUGAGAUGGCUACUUGUAAUUCUUCCUACGUCCUCAGUACCACCGAUGACGCCAGCCCUCAGCAGGAUUGGGUCAGGGCCUGACUACCAAGCCCUGCUGGCAUCAUACUGCCUGGGGUAACAUGGGAGGCAGGGCCAGGGGGAUUAGAAUCUCUGAGCCAUCACAUGCUGUCAGGGGGAAUGCGGGCUACAGCUUCCUCGCAGGCAGGAGUCUCAGGUUCUCCUCAUUCCUGCACCCAGUAACAGCCCCAGUGUGACCAGCUCUGUGGUGGGGACACCUGGACUCCUUCUUACAGUUCUGGUAAGUGGACCCCAUCCCUGGCUCUAUGUAUGUAUGUAUGUAUGUAUGUAUGUAUGUAUGUAUGUAUGUAUGUGUGUAUGCAUGUAUUUGUGUAUAUAUGUAUGUGUAUGCACAUGUGUAUGUGUGCAUGUUUAUAUGUGUAUGUUAGUGUAUAUAUGUAUGUGUGUAUAUGUGUUUAUGUAUGUGUGUGUGUGUGUGUGUGUGUGUGUGUGUGUGUGAGUGGAGGCCAGAGGUUAGCUUUGGGUGUCAUUCUCUGGGAACUGCAGGAACUGUCUACUUCAUCUCUUGGGGCAAGGUCUCUCACUGGUCUGAAGCUCACUAAGUGGGCUGGGUUGGCUAGGGGGGCCAGCAAGUCCCAGGGAUUUGCCCAACCCUGUGUCUCAGGUGCCAGGACACAGAUGCUGGGUGAUGGGAGCUGGUUUUUUCACGUUCUGAGGCUCCUGCUUAGGUCCUUGUGCUUGAGCCAUCGCCAUCGCCCAUUUAAAAAGAUUCCUUUCCAGUCACUUUAUGUGCACGUGCGGUGCACACAUGUGGAAGCCAGAGGACUGCUGUGGGAGUCUGUUCUCUCCUUUUAUCAUGUGGGUCCCUGGGAUCAAACUCAGGUUCUCAGGCUUGGUGGAAAGUCGCUUUACUUGCUGAGCGGCCUCACCUGAACUCCUCAGCCCCUUUUGAAGGCUGAGGGAUGGAAGACAUACUCUAAGGAUCACCGCUUUUUAGGGUGUCCUAAGAAAGAGGCUAUUGCACUGCCACGUUCUAUGUGCCUAAGCUGACGGGACAGGCAUGUCGCCCUGAGUGUCCUCCAAACCUGAGCCUCCUGACCUCAGACUCUCCAGCCUUAGGCUCUUUAACCGUCUUAUUCCCCCAUCUCCACAGCAUGACCUAGUCUGACGUCAGGGCUCACAUUAAUUAAAGAGCUUUUUCUCCUGGUCUGAGACAAUGUAAAAAGCUCUCAGCCUGGGGGAGCAUAGAUGGCCCAGAGAUUAACAGCGUGUCUGAGUUCCGCUUCUGACCUGAGCUCAGUUCCCAGCAGCCAUACUGGGGAGCUCACAACCACCUGGAGCUCCAGCUCCAGGAGAUGCAUCGCCUCUGGGCUCUGGAGGCUCGUGCACGCAGCUACACACAGCUACACAGGCACAUACAUUUCCUUCAAAAAACAAAAACUGGACAAAAACUCUUGGCCAUACUGUCUCACUCAGAAGACAAGACGUCUCCCUCUGGGUGAGGCAAGUCGCAGAGCUGGCAGUAGCUGCAUGACUGGUGGUGUGGCGGGGUUGGUGGGGACGGGGAGCUGGGAGCCUGCCCACCCCACAGACUCAGAAGAAGAGGCUACAGGUUCAUGCUCCUUGCUCUACUGCGGUCUUGGGGUAUGAUGCACACAUGUGGUUAUGGUGCCCACAGUCUCCCAAGGCUGGAGGACACGUAGAGUCUGGAGCUUUGACCAGUUGCUUGAAGGGACUUCUAGCCCAUGAGUGACAGCGAGGAAAUCAUGCGAACGUCUCAAGCUCCUGUAAUUGGCCUUGAGGUCCAGGCACCUGGGGACUGGCUCUACCCCAAGAGACGCCUGACAUGCAUUCUUGCAAUGGAGGCCAGACUCUCUCUCUCUCUCUUCUCUGACAGGUGCUAAGGGACCACUUCCAAAGCUGGGGAACCCCAGGGAGGGGUCAGUGGCCAGAUACCCAUGUUGAGCAUCCACCCCCUGAAACCUGAGGCCCUGCAUCUGCCUCUUGGGACCUCAGAGUUCCUAGGCUGCCAGCGGCGCCACACACUCCCUGCCAGUGAGUUCCGCUGCCUCACGCCGGAGGAUGCCACCAGUGCGUUUGAGAUUGAGCGCGAAGCCUUUAUCUCAGUCUCGGGUACCUGCCCCCUCCACUUGGAUGAGAUCCGGCACUUCCUCACCCUGUGUCCAGAGCUGUCACUGGGCUGGUUCGAGGAGGGCUGUCUUGUGGCCUUCAUCAUCGGUUCACUUUGGGACAAGGAGAGACUUACUCAGGAGUCGCUGACACUACACAGGCCUGGAGGCCGCACGGCCCACCUGCACGUACUGGCCGUGCACCGAACCUUCCGGCAGCAGGGCAAGGGCUCCGUCCUGCUGUGGCGAUACCUUCACCACCUGGGGAGUCAGCCGGCGGUGCGCCGGGCUGUGCUCAUGUGCGAGAACGCCCUGGUGCCCUUCUAUGAGAAAUUUGGUUUCCAGGCCAUGGGCCCGUGCGCCAUCACCAUGGGAUCUCUCACCUUCACUGAGCUGCAAUGUUCCUUACGGUGCCACACCUUCCUGAGGAGGAACAGUGGCUGCUGACCCAAGCUGCGCACUUGGCCAUGGCGAGGGUGGGAGUGACAAGCUUGGGGGCUCCUGUCCACUUCCCAGGUCACAUCCUUCUCUGCCCAACUAGAGCUGGCUAGCAUGAAGGGAGACAGCAGUUCCCAAGUGGAGUAGAGAGGUAAGGGUCAAUAAAGAGGACAGGAGAUGGCUUCCCUUCAGCACAGGCUGCUGUCUGUCCCCAGUGGACCGCUUGCCUUCUGAACAGUGCACAAAGGCAAGACCAGGACGUGGAAACGGGAGCAGCGGGAGGUUUGUCCCCACACUUCCUCCUCUCCCUGCUCUGUUUCUGGGCUCCAGUGCGGUGCCCUGGUUCUUGGGAGCCUCACUCUAGGCCAGGCUGACAUCCCUUCCUGGCUCCUAAGUCUGGGAAUGAGGGGCAGCCAGGAGCCGGGGACUUGUGAAUGGUGGCAUCAUUGGGGUACAGACAUGACACAGGGCCACACCAAAGUACACUCAGGCACCAAUGUGCUGGCUCACCUGCCUCCCUAGUUCCCCUUCUAUCCUGGUCCCCCUACCAGCCCCAGUACUGACACUAAUAAAGCAGCUAUGUUCCCAGUG